CAAACUUUAACCAUUUAGGCUGAAAUUUUCCAUUCUGGGUAUCUGCCUCAGGCUGAAUUAAAAACAAUAAAAUUCAGCCAACACUUUACAGGCAUUUCCAAGAACGAGGCUAAUGCAAAACAUGUCGUUUUGCCCAUGUUAAUAAAUCCUGUCAAUCUUUUCAAACAUAUUUGAAACCCACCGGCAAAGUGUUCCAUUCCCCUCUAGCACUGGUUCACAUAGAGGAUGACAGUUACUUGUUAGCUCAAAUGGCAAAGAUCCGUGUGGUGGGGCUAAAGGUUGCAACAAUGCUGAUAACCCAUAUGGAUGUCAAUACGCUGCCACAUGAUGGAAAUUGUUUUUUCAGUUUUUUUUUUUAAAAACCUCAAAAAUCACAUACACAAAACUACAUUAAAAGAACAUUAUUAAAGUUGCACAGUCAAGCGCUCAACGUUAGGCUGUGUCCUAAUUCACCUCCCUUGUGCAUGUGCAUUACAAUAAAGUCUUUAAUUACAUGAUCAUAUUCAAUUUUUUCCACAGGUCCCCUGCUUCGUUCAGUUCUUUGUAUGUAAUAAUGGAAAUAGAUUGGUCAAUUUAGCUUUUUCUUUCUGAUUGGUUUCACUUUCUGGUUCUCAAAAGUUAGCACAGUGUUUACCACUCACGUGGUAAAUACUGCAAGGAAUUUUUUUAAGUGCAAACAAAAAUGAUGAUUUAAAUAAAAAGGGUGAGAACAUUUUUGUUAAUAUAAAGUUUUAUAGAGUUUGUUUUCUGAACCACUUGCUAUUUAUACUUUAAGAGAAAGGAAUCCUUACCUCCUGGAGCAUUCUAUAAAUACAACCCCGUGCUGGAAGGGCAGGGUAGUAUCUGUAGAUAUAUGAGAAACAUUAACUUCUAUAUAAAGAUUGUUAAUCUCUCUUUACUUUGCCAAAGAUUUCUGUUUACAGCAGACCCUGAUCUGUUAGACUAGGGUUUCACCUGUAGAUUUGAUAGAUGCUGAUUCAUCUCAUCCCUCUGAUCAUGUGUUAGCACUGAGCUGGCAUUCAGAUUAGGUGCAUAUCAGUCAGUGCUUUAGCAGUUAGUGCUUUCUCAAGUCUGAGCAAGACUGAACCUUUAGGAAGAGAGAAAGAACAAGAUGUUAAGGGAGCACUAACUCUAAUGAGACAAAAGCUAUUAAUCCUUCCACUGUAGUUUCUUGCACUAACACUAAGGACCCGCACCAAGACAGCUUCCUGAUGUUCUAUUAGCAUAAUAUCACAGAUAGCAGGAGUUUAGAAAUAUUCGUCAGCAUCAGACAAAUCUAUUUCCCUGUGCAGAGAUACCAUUCAGAUGGGAAUCACUAUUGAUAAAAGAAGAUACAUAUAUAGGUACAUACAUAUAUUUCUUCUGAUCCUGUCCGAAUUGGGAGAGAGGCAUGGAGGGUGGACUCAUGAGGAGGGGAUGAACAUCUCUCUUCCUAACUUGGGAAUAUGCAGGGAGUUAUCCAUUAUUCUGUUUUAUCAGCUGUAUUUGAGGAAGCAGCUGGAUCCACGAAAAGGUUGAUGGAACUGUUGCUCAUCCCUGUACACUGUUCACUUUUCUUCUGGUCUGUUGUGGAUGUUUCCACAGGAUGAUGGCAUCAGCUAUACUGCAAAAAUAUGGAUCCUUUGAAGAAGUAGAGCAGGAAACAGAAGAGUCGGAUGAGAAAGAUGUAACUGAACUAGACUUUUUACCAAGAGAACUAGAAAGAGAAGAUAAUGCCUUGGAUACCAUAGACCAGGAUACAAUGGGGUGUGAAGAGAAGAAAAGAAGAAUUCAAGAUCCUAACAUAUCCAUGAAAAAGAAAAGAAAGAGAAAGAGGUUAGAAAUAACUACUGAAAGGGCUGUAAAAGUCCUGAAGAGGGCAGAAUAUGUUUAUAGUUGAGCUACUGAAAAUAGAGGAGGGUAACGGGGGGGGGAAGAGAUGUUGGAGAACAGGGUGUUCAGAGUGGUGCUAUGCAGAAGGGGAGGAACACAGGAUUUUUGUAGUGAGGGGGAUAGAUAAGUGUUGUGCUGGAGUGGAGGGGAAAUGAAAGUGUUCUGGUGUUCAGAAAAAGUGAUGAUUUUAAGUUUUGUAGGCUGUCAGCUACUCAGAGGAGGGACUGCCUUUUCUUGAAUGUAUAGAAAGAACCUAACAGGUAAUAGUUACUACCAUCAUAAACAAUAGUAAUAAUAGUUAUACACUAGUGUUCAUGGAAAGAACAUAGUUCAGUAGAGCUCUCGUUCUGAUGUGAAAUGGAUAUGCUAGUAAGGGUUGCAGAACAGUCCAGGAGAAGAAGAACGUGUACAAUCUCUGAGCAUAAAUAUUUUCUGUUAAUCCCCAUUCGCCCUUUGAUCACUUGGCCUUUGGCUCAUGACUUUGGGGCAUCCCAUUCAUAGGUUGAUUCCUAAAUAACCAGUCUUGUUGAGUAACUGCCAUAUCUUUUUCUCGCACUGUAACUGAAAGAGUGCUCUUCCUAUAAACUUAGUCACAUUGGUUCCAUAACUACUGGUUUUCUAGUAUUCUGGUAUUCUAGUAUUAUUUUUUAUUUUAUCUUUACAGGCAUUUCUGUAGUGCUCAUCACUGAAUUCUCUUUCUAGAUGCGUAGUUAUUUGGUUUGUCUCCAGCAAAUAAUUUUCUAAGUGACCACUGAGCAAAAAAACAGUGAUCAAUCCUGGUGAAUAGCCUAUCAGAUGAACAUUUAGAUAAUGCUUUACAUAAAUUUAUGGAAGUACAACUGUAAAGUUCCCAGGGCUUCCCCAUAAAGCGUAAACUGGUCCUUGUCUGUAUGCCUCUGUCUUUCUGCUUUUUUAAUUUUUUUUCCAGAUGACCUGUGAUAAGUCUGACCAACUGCAAGUAUGAGAGUGUGCGUCGGGCUGCUCAGCAGUAUGGCUUACGGGAAGCAGGUGAGAAUGAUGAGUGGAACCUCUAUUGGACAGACUAUUCAGUCUCACUGGAUCGGGUAAUGGAAAUGAAAAGUUACCAGAAAAUCAACCACUUCCCUGGGAUGAGUGAAAUCUGUAGGAAGGAUCUGCUGGCCAGGAAUAUGGGCAGGAUGCUAAAGCUCUUUCCAAAAGAAUUUAACUUCUUUCCCAGGACCUGGUGUCUUCCUGCUGACUACGGAGAUUUGCAGACCUAUAGCAGAUCAAGGAAACAUAAGACAUAUAUCUGUAAGCCCGACUCUGGCUGUCAGGGGAGAGGCAUCUUCAUCACCAGAUCUGUGAAAGACAUAAAACCCGGAGAGGAUAUGAUCUGCCAGCUCUACAUCUCAAGGCCUUUUAUUAUUGAUCGUUUUAAGUUUGAUCUGAGGAUUUAUGUGCUGGUGACAUCAUGUGACCCUCUGAGGAUAUUUGUCUAUAAUGAGGGCCUUGCACGCUUUGCUACAUCAGCCUACUCUGAUCCCUCACACAGCAAUCUGGAGGAUGUCUGCAUGCACCUGACUAAUUAUUCCAUUAACAAGCACAGUACUAAUUUUGUCCGAGAUGAAGAUUCUGGAAGUAAGAGGAAGCUCUCCACCUUUAAUAAGUACAUGCAGAAGCAUGGCUAUGAUACCGACCAGAUGUGGCUGGAUAUAGAAGAUGUUAUUAUUAAAACCCUGAUAUCAGCACAUCCUAUUAUCAAACAUAACUAUCACACUUGCUUCCCCAAUCACACUGUGGGUAGCGCUUGCUUUGAAAUAUUAGGAUUUGAUAUUCUGUUGGAUCACAAACUCAAACCCUGGUUGCUUGAGGUGAACCACUCUCCAAGCUUCACCACUGACUCCUGGUUAGACAAAGAAGUGAAGGACCAGUUGCUGUAUGACACUUUGGUUCUGAUAAAUUUAGGGGCCUGUGACAAGAGAAAAAUCCUAGAUGAAGAGAAACGGCGAGGAAAGGAGAGACUCCUGAAGCAAUGCCGUUCUCGAGAGACCAGGGCUGAGGAGUAUAGGAACUGCCAGGCCACUUGGUUGAAACAAGCUGAGAAAUAUGAGGAGAAAAACAUAGGUGGUUUUUGCAGAAUUUACCCCAAAUCUGAUUUGGACAAAUAUGAUAAGUUUUUCCAGCACAACAAUUCACUCUUUCAGGAGACUGCAGCUUCCAGGGCACGAGAAGAACAUGCCAGACAGCAGCUACAGGAGCUGCGAAUGAAGCAUGAGCAAAAAACAGCCCAUUUGCGAGAGAAGAAGAUAGAGCUGCUGGGGGAGUCUGGAUCUGAGAAGAUAAAGACUUUCAAACAGAAGUUAGCGAGCAGGGCAGCUACAGCACAAGGAUUAAGACAGCAUUAUCUUUGUUCAGAGUCAGGACCUGGCGCUCGUCUCCUGCUUCACAGUUUCUCAGGUGAAAAAGAAACAAAAAAAGAAUUGGUUAAUGGGGAAUCAAGCAUCCCACCAAAAGAGCACCCCAACGCUCACGAUUAUUCAAAUGCACCUGAAAAACAAGCGGUACAGCACUGCAGCUCCAUGCCAAACUUGACAGUGCAGAACUCAACUAGUGCCCCGGACCAGUACAACUCCAACCGUGACCUGAGGGACCGCACAGUACAUGGUCAUCACUCUGCAGCAGAUAUGGACAUCAGAUUAAUACUCCAAACACCAGUGGAUUGUUCCAGAGUAUCAGAUAAUCCAAUUCAUUCUUCUUCAAAACCUUUCCCAACAUUGGCUCAACCUCGGACUGCAAUCACAACAGCAACUGACGUGGUUUACUGUGACAGCACAGUCACUCAGAACUUGGUGCCAUUUGGAUGCCAGAGAGAGCAACUCCAGCCCUAUGUCAGGGAGAACUUGACCUCAUACCCAAAAGUCCAUAGACCAUACAAAAACUUGUUAGAGCCUGAAAUAGAAAAGAAACCUAUCUUGGUGUCAGAAUUCUUCAGCAAACUCAGUUUCACACCGGGGGAGAAGGCCCUAAUAUUCCCUUUUUGCCACCACCCUCCUCUCAUCUAUAGAACACAAAGUGCUUUCCACUCCAGGAGAAUUCAUCUGAGUAGCAGAAACUCCACAGACAAGAGACAAACGAAACUUCAGAGUGCUCAAACAGUAUUCCAAAAAACUACUUGUCACCAGUUCAGCCUUCAGGACCUUUUGGUGAUCUCCAGCCCAGGUCGAGUGGACCCGCGACCUAGGAAAAGCAAUACCCUAACUUCAGGGGAUAUUCCGACGGGCAGGGCCUGAGCAGAACUGUGGCACUGUUUUGCGUCCUGAACUCUGAGAGAUGCUCACUCCUGUAGACAAGCUGUUCAUCGGGAACUGACAGAAACAUUUUGUUGUUUCUUUUCAAAUAUACUCCUUGGUGAUUGCCUCCAGUUAUACAGCUUCCAUAGCAUGAAACAUCAAUGUGUCACCAAUGACAUUUGCAUUCAAAAAAAAAAAAAACCAAGUCAGGCGUUUGUGGGUGUCUUGAUGUGAAACUGUCGUACUGGAACUUGAUGUACAUCUCUUCCCUUUGGCCGUGUCUGCUUACUGCCAACUCUUGUUUUAGUUUAGUGAAAAAUUCUUUUUGUAAGAAGAAUUCCAGUGUGAUGUCUGCUCCAUUCAAUUGAACAUCAGCCAUUAAAGGGAAAAUUCCCUGCAGUGAAUUUCAGCUGCACAACUCCUAAUAAUAUCAGCUGGAACGGCACAGCUGAAUCCUUGCAGCAUAAUUUGAAAAUUUACCCUGAAAUGUGCAGGACAAAUUUAUUUUAGCUAAUGUCGAGUGAAGUUCCAGUCCUGACUUUUAACAAGAGUUCAAAGGAAAUAAAAAUGGGCAGCAUAGUGUAGAAGGGCUUUUACUUUUCAGAGCCACAGAAAGCAAAGGCAAAAAGCUGAAACAAAAAUCACAAUGGGUACAUACUGUGGCAGAGUAGUGAAGAUGCUUUCUAUAUUGACAGAAGGACUUUUUCCCUCAAUGUAGUUAAUCCACCUCUCUGAGGGCUGGUAGCUAGGCCUACAGAAGUAUUCUUCCAUUGACCUAGCUGCGCCUACAUUGGAGGUUUGGUUGACCUCACUAUGUCGCACAAGGCACAAAACUUUUCAUAACCCUGAGCGACGUAGCUAGGUCAAUCUUCAUUUUUAAGUGUGGAUUCCCCCAAACGUGAUGCUGCAGGUCUUUAGAUUCUGUAGCGUUUGUAGUUUAGAGUCUUCCAUUCGGAGCCAGUAUUUUGCACUUAACGCUCUCAGAGAGUACUCAACCCUCAUAAAAAUGCCCUUUGUUGGCCCAGUCUCCAUCUGAUUAGUGGGGACAAGGUCUAAAAUCGCUGAGAGAAGUUAAUUCAUUUAACGGGGCUGCUUCUUUUUCAAGUUGUUUUUUCUGAACAUGCAUGUUUGAUUAUAAAAUUCGUAAUAGCAAUGGCUACUCAGAUCAUGCUGAAAGCCGUAAUACAGAGAGGAUGGAUGGAUGUGGUAUGGGACACGAGGGUGAGCAACGUAAGUGCUGCUAGUUAGGAAAUGCAUUUGUCUAUUGGAGAUGUGCUAAGAUCUACCACCUUUUCAUAAUGGAAAGUCUCUUAAAUAUUUGCAGUUGUGAACAAGGAAAUCCCCCUAGUUCAUUAUUAAUUCUCGUAUCUAGUGCCAACAACACUGCAGAUCUGCAAGAAGGCUCUCGCCCUUCCCAGCGGGCAUAUAGUUCAAGCGGUGAUUUCUACAAGCAUUGAUUUCAUUGGGAGUUUUACCCAAGUAAGGAAUGCAGGUUUAAGCCCUACACUCACAGGGCUAAAUCCUCUGCUCUAAACCACCUUCAAGCUUGCACUGCUCUCCAGUGGGGCCUGCAGUGACCUCCAGCACAAAUUAAAAAAAACCAAGGGCUGCUCUAAGUUGCAUCAGCUUGUAAUAGCCCCCAAGGUUCAUUGGAGCACACUGCAUUUAGGUCUUGCCCUGUACUUGGGGAGGCAUGCGGGCCCUGGCAUAGAACCAGCUAGUCUAGCUGUUAACCAUCUGAGGAUUGCUCCACUCCAAGGGAAUCCCCAGACCCAUCAGCUUUAUACCAACUGAGGAUUCCCACAGGCCAACGGAAUCCCUACUGCACACUCAGUGCAGCUUUAAGAUCUCUUUGGACCAUGUUCCAGGAUUGGUCCCAUAGCAACCAGUUCCAAAUUAUUUCACACAUUUUCCUCAAUCGGAACAGAAGUGUAAAUAAAAAGAACAAGAAGAUUUCUCCAGAACAGGGAGGAACCUAGUCUGAGCAAGUGAGCGCUAGAUGAUCACUACUAUUCAUUAUUUUACAGUGCCUAAAGGUGUGAUAGAGCCGAAUACAAGUAGAAAGAGAGAGGUCCCUGCUCAAAGAAUUUACAGUAUCAUAUUAGACAUGACAGAACAACUGGGUAUAUUUAAUAGUAUGGGAGGGUGGAGGUGAGGAAGAUCAAGAAUUCCAGCAACAAGACUUAGUUUCUUGAAUUAGGCUCAUGUAAUGGAAUUUCUACCAGCAGGAGGAAGAGGUUAUUUUCUUUCGUAGUUAAUAUUAUUAGAGAUUAUAAACUCCUUUAUUGUGGGGUAUUACAGAAGGCUAUUUUAAGCCUACAUAGUCUCUUAAUGAUCUUUGAUCUUUUACAGUAUUAAAGGGAAUGUUUCAAGGGAGAAUAUUUAACUAUCUGAGAAACAAUGUUUCUGUUCUUACAAUUGGAAACGUUCAGAGGUGGUACAAAGGGGGGAAUCAAUGUUUUAACUUCUAAUUCCCCCAGUGCCACCCUUCCUUCGCAUACGUUCAUGGUCUGAUCCAGAUUGAGAUAGCUGUAGGAAAAGAGGCUACAAGGAAAGCAAGAAGGAACUUCUAGGCCAUGAUCUUUGCAACAAGCAGUUUCUUUAGAAUUGGAAACCUGUCUUCUACAUUAGGGUUCAUUGGGCGGUUGCUCAGGAACAGCGUCACUUCAAAGCAAUCUCUUCCUCAAAGGCAUCAACAAUAUGUAUUGAGGCCCUUUCCUCUGGGAGAGGCUUGAAGUUGCAUGGACUUUCAACAUGAUUAUAACAAUCAGGGCAGAGCUGGCUCUCAUUAAAUGUUAAAGAUGAAAGUGAAUGUUUUGAAAAAAAAAUAUUAACCAUCACAUUCCAUCCAGAGACUAGCUGUGGGCUUAAAAUGCCCAAAUUAAAUAAUUUUAAAACAA